AUGCUCGAGAAUCAGCCUAGCCCCAAUCCUGCCCGGCAGGAAAUCAGCUCAAGAGCAAGGAGCUCAACCUCCUUGUUGGUUCAAUGUGGCUUGGGCCGAACAGGCGAUCUCUGGGCACACGAAGCUUAUGAUGUAUUCCCAGAUAUAAUGACUCUUGCCAAGCCUCUUGCGGGAGGUCUACCCAUUGGAGCCGCACUAGUGACUGAAAGAGUUGCUGCUGCCAUGGAGUUUGGAGACCAUGGAAGCACUUUUGCUGGGGGCCCCCUUGUCUGCAAUGCUGCAGUCGCCGUUCUGGAUAAAAUCACAAAGCCGGGAUUCUUGACCAGCGUCGCCACAAAAGGUAAAUACUUCAAGGACAUAUUGAUGCAGAAAUUGGGAGGAAAUUCACAUGUGAGAGAAGUUCAAUGUGGCUUGGGCCGAACAGGCGAUCUCUGGGCACACGAAGCUUAUGAUGUAUUCCCAGAUAUAAUGACUCUUGCCAAGCCUCUUGCGGGAGGUCUACCCAUUGGAGCCGCACUAGUGACUGAAAGAGUUGCUGCUGCCAUGGAGUUUGGAGACCAUGGAAGCACUUUUGCUGGGGGCCCCCUUGUCUGCAAUGCUGCAGUCGCCGUUCUGGAUAAAAUCACAAAGCCGGGAUUCUUGACCAGCGUCGCCACAAAAGGUAAAUACUUCAAGGACAUAUUGAUGCAGAAAUUGGGAGGAAAUUCACAUGUGAGAGAAGUACGAGGCCUGGGUCUUAUAAUUGGAAUAGAGUUGGAUGUAUCAGCCUCGCCACUUGUGGAUGCUUGCCGGCAGUCUGGUCUUCUAGUACUAACGGCAGGUAAAGGCAACGUUGUUAGGCUUGUGCCGCCACUGAUCAUCUCCGAGCAGGAACUCGACCGUGCAACUGAGAUCUUGCUCAAGUGUUUGCCGGUGCUUGAUGGGUGA